AUGAGUUCAACGCUCAGCUUGACAUCCCAAGCUCCAUCACCCGGAUUACGCCAUCACAAGUCAGAUCAUUGAUGAAAGACUUUUCGCUAUUCUCAUAUCGACUGUAGUGUCUCAUUUCUUGAGGCAGCAUCUGCAGUCUGUUCUGAAGCCUCAUCUGGAAGCAUCGCACGCGACCGAGCUCCGGCAGAUAAGGCAGCUUAUCUCUCCGGAACAGAGAAAUAUGAAUUGAGACCACAACUAUCUGUUUACCAUUUCAUCAAUCCAGCCAAUGCGAAUCAAGCAGUGAUAUUCAAUAAUUACCAGGCAGGAUAUAUCACGAGCAGCGGUGCCCUCGCAGGAUAUCCAUUUGAUGAACAACGCAACACCGCUUGGGUGAUAACAGCUUGUUAUCCGACUUGCAGCUUCAGCGAUCCCCGCACCCGACAGCUCAACCAUCGCAAUGGGCCUCUCUACGAUCGUAUCAUCGAACCCGAGAGCUGUAAACAGCUUAAGGAAAUCGAAUCUAUACGCCAGACGGAUUGUCGUUACGAACUCCCUACCCCUGACCUAUUCAUACUCCGUAUCGGAACGGUCCAUCGGUCCAUCGUGCCAAUGCCGUGCCUUCUGGCGGUCUUGUCGAAGCAGUCAUGGCAGCAGUGCGCGGAUUAUGCAAGAGAUGGAGAAGCAACGGCGGAAUUAUAUGUCUAAACGAGCACGUGCGCUGCGUCGUCAAGCAUUUCUAGACGAGCAGUACAGAUGGUCGAGUUGGAUACAGCCUUGGUGGGGAUGGGGAUGGCGAGGGUAUACAUCACGUCGAUCAGGCAGUGAUUUUGGUGGAAAUAAUGGAUCCGGAAGGGCCUCGAAAGAUGGUUCUAGGGGCCAGAGCAGCCAGGAUUGGUGGGAGAAGGAAAAAGAACGGUUUGAGCAAGAGAUGGAACGGAUUAAGAAAGAGAUCGAGGAUGAUCCCUUUGCGGCUGUCUUUGGGAGGAGGCCAGAGCCCGUGGGGCAUCAUGGUCCGUGGUCGACAUUCUGUCGUAACUUUUUGGGAUUAGGCGAUGAGACGCAGAAGGUCGAGCGGACGAGUGCAAAUGCGACAUCGAAGGUUGUUGAUGCGGAAUCUCGUCUGCAUGAUAGUGAGGUUAGGAAGAAUGGUGCGGGCUCGAGUACAAGUUCUUCCGAAGCUUUUGAGAAACAGCGGAAGGAGCAGACAGAUACCCAAGCAGCUUCCCCAGCAGAGCCGGCAUUUCAGUUCGAUCCUAUUAGCGGGAGGAUGGUGCCAGUAAAUUCUGGUCCGGAACCGUCGACUCAAAAUGGCGAGGGGGACGACAAGGACACACAUGUACCUGUCAAGACAUUCAAGUCUUAUCGGGCCCAGUUUGGCCACAAGCAGCAGGACGGUGACUCGUCGAUUAUCCCAAAUAACACUGCUGCAAGCCUGAGGUCUGACAAGGAUGCAGAAGUCAAGGGUCAGGCAAAUGAAGCCGAUGCGGGACAAAGCAGUGGAAACAAUGUCUUCUACAUGACCGCUCCGAAUGAGCAGGAAAAAUCAUCAUUGAAUUCUCCUGCGACUUUGGAAAAAGAUGAAAAUGUCACGCAAGCCGCACAUGACGAGCCGUUCGCUGGAACAGUUAAAGAUCCGCAAGGUGCUGAUCACGCCGAGGAAGCGACUCGGGUGGAUGGGCAAUCAUCUCCUGGAGCCAGCGAGACUGCAAACAUAGGUUUUCCCAAUGACUCAAAGACGGCAGCGGAGUCUGCAUCUCCAAACCAAUCGCACCAGAAAAUAUACAAUGUCGAAGAGGUCAAGACAGAUGACGUCGAUCUUCUGCGCCCGACUGAUAUUCGUGCUCCUUUGUACUCGAAGAAAACGAAAUAUGAACUCGAGUCAGAAAAGCAGCGCAAUCGUGAAGUGCUCGAGGAGGACUACGAGUCAUAUAGAGAUCCUGCUGCCGAUAUAGAUGCGAAGGAGCUCAGGAGCAGAGUGCAGGACUACGAAGCAUCGAGCCAAGUCCCGCAGAAUACAGCUACACAGCCGCUAAUCCCCCAAGCAGAGAAUAGUACGUCAGAACAGAAGGAUCUUCCGGAAUCUGCGGUUCGCGAUGUCCCUGUUUUGUCAAAAGAAAUCGAUAGCGAGGAACAAGUGGUUCGGGAUAUUCAACAUGCCUACGAAGAUGCAUACGGCAAGAUAACGGUGGAUCAUUACCAACCAACCUCUACGUUAGAGAACCAGACACCUCGGACAGUCGCACCAAGCUCCAUAACGGAGGAUCUGACUAGGGCAAGUCCGAAACACCCCGAUAUGAAGAUUGUCACCGUUUCUUCUACUCAGGAAGAGCGAGAUGCGAAAGAUUCGCGCCACUCGAGCCAGCUGGACGAUCUGUUGAGAGAUACGAAGAGGUUCAAUGAAUCGAGAGAUGCCUUAAUGAAACAGAUCACAGAAACACUUGGGCACAUUGAACAUAAACCUGCAACUCAGCCAAGCACUGCUGAACCAUUGCCUUCAAGCUCGGUUUCAACAUCCUCCACCACUUAUCGUGUACUGGCUUAUGAUCCGUCUACCCUCUCUGUCUCAUCUGCGGAGACGAGUUCGACGUUAUAUUCGAUUAAUGAGACUUUGCACCCCGCGGAGGUGCUACCGCGGCUGAAUAACCCGGCAAAGUUCCUUCCUCACUUUGCUGCAAUGCAAGCUGAUGGUUACGAGAUCGUCUCUGGUGGAGGAGAUAUUCUUGUCUUUGGGAAGGUUCGGGAGGCUGGAACAGCAGCUAGUGCGUCGGAUGAUGCUUCUAUGGUGUCCAGUUCAGAGGACACAGCAGUCGAAUCUCAGAAAAGUGGACAGACUUCAAAGUUCAGCUCGACUUCAACUUCUUCGUCCUCCCCUAGGAUGGUCCACCGGCAAGAAACUGUGUUCUCCGGCGGCCCUCUAAACUCUCCUCCUCCACCGGUUGAACCGACCGCAGAAGACAGACAAGAAGCCAAGGAAGAGUCUUUUCUGCGCAAGACAUCACGUAGAGUACUUCUGACUGGCACUGCAACAGCAGCAGUCUGCUAUGCAAUUGGUGUCGUCAGUGAGUAUUUCCGCACUGGCGGUUCGGACGGCAGAGGACCCGAGGGAUUUACAGAGUUCGAGGCCGAGAGACGUCGGAGGGAAUAGAUGGGACGCUGCUGGCCAUAUGCAAUAAUAGAAGGUUUAUCUUGUUAGGGCGUUGCAGAUGCUAGGAUCGAGUAAACGGGAGUUGGCGCUCUAUACCAUUCGUUAGGACCAUGCUUUAUCUACGGAGACUUCUCCCCUCUGGAACAACUCCACUACUUUGUACCUUUCAGACACCAUAUAUGACAUGCUAUUAUGUUUUUUCUUUCAUAUGCAACUCAUUAUUAAGAUAAAGAAGUGUAAAACCUGGAAACAAACCCGCAUGAACCAUUGAAGAGAGUAUCUAAACGAUCUCAGGGUCCACCCCGACGCCAUAUUGAC